GCCAAGGCAGUGUAUGAGAAGAUGUUCAACUGGAUGGUGACACGCAUCAACGCCACCCUGGAGACCAAGCAGCCACGCCAGUACUUCAUAGGAGUCCUGGACAUCGCUGGCUUCGAGAUCUUCGAUUUCAACAGCUUUGAGCAGCUCUGCAUCAACUUCACCAACGAGAAGCUGCAGCAGUUCUUCAACCACCACAUGUUCGUGCUGGAGCAGGAGGAGUACAAGAAGGAGGGCAUUGAGUGGACAUUCAUUGACUUUGGCAUGGACCUGCAGGCCUGCAUCGACCUCAUCGAGAAGCCCAUGGGCAUCAUGUCCAUCCUGGAGGAGGAGUGCAUGUUCCCCAAGGCCACCGACAUGACCUUCAAGGCCAAGCUGUUUGACAACCAUCUGGGCAAAUCCUCCAACUUCCAGAAGCCACGCAAUAUCAAGGGGAAGCCUGAAGCCCACUUUUCCCUGAUCCACUAUGCCGGCACCGUGGACUACAACAUCAUUGGCUGGCUGCAGAAGAACAAGGACCCUCUCAAUGAGACUGUAGUGGGCUUGUAUCAGAAGUCCUCCCUCAAGCUGCUCAGCUCCCUGUUUGCCAACUAUGCUGGAGCUGAUGCGCCUAUUGAGAAGGGCAAAGGCAAGGCCAAAAAAGGCUCGUCCUUUCAGACUGUGUCAGCUCUGCACAGGGAAAAUCUGAACAAGCUGAUGACAAACUUGCGCUCCACCCAUCCCCACUUUGUACGUUGCAUCAUCCCCAAUGAGACAAAGUCUCCAGGGGUGAUGGACAACCCCCUGGUCAUGCACCAGCUGCGCUGCAAUGGCGUGCUGGAGGGCAUCCGCAUCUGUAGGAAGGGCUUCCCCAACCGCAUCCUCUACGGGGACUUCCGGCAGAGGUAUCGCAUCCUGAACCCAGCGGCCAUCCCUGAGGGACAGUUCAUUGACAGCAGGAAGGGGGCAGAGAAGCUGCUCGGCUCCCUGGACAUUGACCACAACCAGUACAAGUUUGGCCACACCAAGGUGUUCUUCAAGGCCGGGCUGCUGGGGCUGCUGGAGGAGAUGAGGGACGAGAGGCUGAGCCGCAUCAUCACGCGUAUUCAGGCCCAGUCCCGGGGUGUGCUUUCCAGAAUGGAGUACAAGAAGCUGCUGGAACGUAGAGACUCCCUGCUGAUAAUCCAGUGGAACAUUCGAGCCUUCAUGGGGGUCAAGAAUUGGCCCUGGAUGAAGCUCUACUUCAAGAUCAAGCCGCUGCUGAAGAGUGCAGAGACAGAGAAGGAGAUGGCCACCAUGAAGGAGGAGUUCGCACGCCUCAAAGAGGCGCUGGAGAAGUCCGAGGCUCGCCGCAAGGAGCUGGAAGAAAAGAUGGUGUCCCUGCUGCAGGAGAAGAAUGACCUGCAGCUCCAAGUGCAGGCGGAACAAGAUAACCUGGCAGAUGCUGAGGAGCGCUGUGAUCAGCUGAUCAAAAACAAGAUUCAGCUGGAGGCCAAAGUCAAGGAGAUGAAUGAGAGGCUGGAGGAUGAGGAGGAGAUGAAUGCUGAGCUCACUGCCAAGAAGCGCAAGCUGGAAGAUGAGUGCUCAGAGCUCAAAAGGGACAUCGAUGAUCUGGAGCUGACACUGGCCAAAGUGGAGAAGGAGAAACAUGCAACAGAGAACAAGGUGAAAAACCUGACAGAGGAGAUGGCUGGGCUGGAUGAGAUCAUUGCCAAGCUGACCAAGGAGAAAAAAGCUCUGCAAGAGGCCCACCAGCAGGCCCUGGAUGACCUUCAGGCUGAGGAGGACAAGGUCAACACCCUGACUAAGGCCAAAGUCAAGCUGGAGCAGCAAGUGGAUGAUCUGGAGGGAUCCCUAGAACAAGAGAAGAAGGUGCGCAUGGACCUGGAGCGAGCGAAGCGGAAGUUGGAGGGCGACCUGAAGCUGACCCAGGAGAGCAUCAUGGACCUGGAGAAUGACAAGCAGCAGCUGGAUGAGCGACUGAAAAAGAAAGACUUUGAGCUGAACGCUCUCAACGCAAGGAUUGAGGAUGAACAGGCCCUCGGCAGCCAGCUGCAGAAGAAGCUCAAGGAGCUUCAGGCGCGCAUCGAGGAGCUGGAGGAGGAGCUGGAGGCGGAGCGCACCGCCAGGGCUAAGGUGGAGAAGUUGCGCUCAGACCUGUCCCGGGAGCUGGAGGAGAUCAGCGAGCGGCUGGAAGAGGCCGGCGGGGCCACGUCCGUGCAGAUCGAGAUGAACAAGAAGCGCGAAGCCGAGUUCCAGAAGAUGCGGCGGGACCUGGAGGAGGCCACGCUGCAGCACGAGGCCACGGCCGCCGCCCUGCGCAAGAAGCACGCCGACAGCGUGGCAGAGCUGGGCGAGCAGAUCGACAACCUGCAGCGGGUGAAGCAGAAGCUGGAGAAGGAGAAGAGCGAGUUCAAGCUGGAGCUGGACGACGUCACCUCCAACAUGGAGCAGAUCAUCAAGGCCAAGGCUAACCUGGAGAAGAUGUGCAGGACCUUGGAAGACCAGAUGAAUGAGCAUCGGAGCAAGGCGGAGGAGACCCAGCGUUCUGUCAAUGACCUCACCAGUCAGCGGGCCAAGCUGCAAACGGAGAAUGGUGAGCUGUCCCGGCAGCUGGAUGAAAAGGAGGCACUGAUCUCCCAGCUGACCCGAGGCAAGCUCACCUACACCCAGCAGCUGGAGGACCUCAAGAGGCAGCUGGAGGAGGAGGUUAAGGCGAAGAACGCCCUGGCCCACGCACUGCAGUCAGCCCGGCAUGACUGUGACCUGCUGCGGGAGCAGUAUGAGGAGGAGACGGAGGCCAAGGCUGAGCUGCAGCGCGUCCUGUCCAAGGCCAACUCGGAGGUGGCCCAGUGGAGGACCAAGUAUGAGACGGAUGCCAUUCAGCGGACUGAGGAGCUUGAGGAGGCCAAGAAGAAGCUGGCCCAGCGGCUGCAGGAUGCCGAGGAGGCCGUGGAGGCUGUUAAUGCCAAGUGCUCCUCACUGGAGAAGACCAAGCACCGGCUACAGAAUGAGAUUGAGGACCUGAUGGUGGACGUGGAGCGCUCCAAUGCUGCUGCUGCAGCCCUGGACAAGAAGCAGAGGAACUUCGACAAGAUCCUGGCCGAGUGGAAGCAGAAGUAUGAGGAGUCGCAGUCGGAGCUGGAGUCCUCACAGAAGGAGGCUCGCUCCCUCAGCACAGAGCUCUUCAAGCUCAAGAACGCCUAUGAGGAGUCCCUGGAGCAUCUGGAGACCUUCAAGCGGGAGAACAAGAACCUUCAGGAGGAAAUCUCGGACCUUACUGAGCAGCUAGGAGAAGGAGGAAAGAAUGUGCAUGAGCUGGAGAAGGUCCGCAAACAGCUGGAGGUCGAGAAGCUGGAGCUGCAGUCAGCCCUGGAGGAGGCGGAGGCCUCCCUGGAGCACGAGGAGGGCAAGAUCCUCCGGGCCCAGCUAGAGUUCAACCAGAUCAAGGCAGAGAUCGAGCGGAAGCUGGCAGAGAAGGACGAGGAGAUGGAACAGGCCAAGCGCAAUCACCAGCGGGUGGUGGACUCGCUGCAGACUUCCCUGGACGCAGAGACACGCAGCCGCAACGAGGCCCUGAGGGUGAAGAAGAAGAUGGAAGGAGACCUCAAUGAGAUGGAGAUCCAGCUCAGCCACGCCAACCGCAUGGCUGUCGAGGCCCAGAAGCAAGUCAAGAGCUUGCAGAGCUUGCUGAAGGACACCCAGAUUCAGCUGGACGACGCAGUCCGCGCCAACGACGACCUGAAGGAGAACAUCGCCAUUGUGGAGCGGCGCAACAACCUGCUGCAGGCUGAGCUGGAGGAGCUGCGUGCCGUGGUGGAGCAGACAGAGCGGUCUCGGAAGCUGGCAGAGCAGGAGCUGAUUGAGACCAGCGAGCGGGUGCAGCUGCUGCAUUCCCAGAACACCAGCCUCAUCAAUCAGAAGAAGAAGAUGGAUGCUGACCUGUCCCAACUGCAGACUGAAGUGGAGGAGGCAGUGCAGGAGUGCAGGAAUGCUGAGGAGAAAGCCAAGAAGGCCAUCACAGAUGCCGCCAUGAUGGCAGAGGAGCUGAAGAAGGAGCAGGACACCAGCGCCCACCUGGAGCGCAUGAAGAAGAACAUGGAGCAGACCAUUAAGGACCUGCAGCACCGGCUGGACGAGGCCGAGCAGAUCGCCCUCAAGGGCGGCAAGAAGCAGCUGCAGAAGCUGGAAGCGCGGGUGCGGGAGCUGGAGAAUGAGCUGGAGGCAGAGCAGAAACGCAAUGCGGAGUCUGUGAAGGGCAUGAGGAAGAGCGAGCGGCGCAUCAAGGAGCUCACCUACCAGACGGAGGAGGACAGGAAAAACCUGCUGCGGCUGCAGGACCUGGUGGACAAGCUGCAGUUAAAGGUCAAGGCCUACAAGCGCCAGGCCGAGGAGGCGGAGGAACAAGCCAACACCAACCUGUCCAAGUUCCGCAAGGUGCAGCACGAGCUGGAUGAGGCGGAGGAGCGGGCGGACAUUGCCGAGUCCCAGGUCAACAAGCUGAGGGCCAAGAGCCGCGACAUUGGCACCAAGGUGGGUCCCUCCUCUGGGCUUUGCUAGUCACCCCUACAGCAGGCAUACCCAGACACAGCACCCUCAAACCAGGGAUACUUCCUUUUCAUUUAUUCCACACAAUUGAACCACACAACCCUAGAGGUCAAGGUAAUUGGUAAUUCAGUCCUGUGUGAUUUCUAAGAU